CUACAUGUCGAUACGAACUGACAGGUGGAGCAACACAGUACUAUUGUAAACCAUAACAUGUCAUCAUCCGGCCCAAAGUAUAAUUUUCUCUCUCUCUCUCUCUCUCUCUCUCUCUUCAGGUGUUGUCGGGGGUGGCUGGGUGAAGAAGCUUGGCACACUCCCUGCACGGCACGGCACGGCAUUAGCCACAUCAGUCUGAGCACGAAUACACCACUCGGAAGGUGACUGUACAGGAGAUGGCCGUCAUAUUCACACGUACACUGAGGGACAGUGGGAAUGGAUACAGAUGACGACAUUAGUACCCUUGAGGAAGAAGAGGUGUCUCUCCUUCACCCACAGAGCCCUGGGAGUGGCCGUAGUGUAUCACCAUCACUUACUUUAGAUUCUGAUUCUUCUCUGGAUGAGAUUGCCUCUAUUAGUAACCAAGAUGAAAUUGUUGCCCCGGAGGUGUUAGUGCAGUCUCUCUCGGAGUUAGUUGUUCAACCCAGGGUCAAAACUGUUGUUUUCUUUGAAAUUUCUUCAGCUCAAUCCAAGUCCACUCAAGGAGAGAAAUACGUGGCUUAUUUAGUUGAAGUCAAGCACAAGAUUGAGAUUAGCGAAGCUGAGGAAGCACUAAAAUAUACUGACUCGAUAGAACAGAAUGAUACUAGUCACUCUUCCAUGGCAGGAGGCCACAUGGAAAAAAUUGGUUCCUUUGAAAGACGUUACUCUGAGUUCCUCGCUGUUUAUAAUGCGCUGAUGAAAUCUCACAGGUCGCUCAUGGAAGAAUUUAUAGGAUUCCCCAAGAAGGUGAUAAUAGGAAACUUCAGCGUAGAGGUAAUCACUGAACGGUGUAAAGGGCUGGAACGCUUCAUGAAUUUUGUGUAUGCAGAAGAUGUUCUAAGACGCACAGCAGUUUUCUCUAACCUGUUAUAUGGCCAAGAAAUUAAAAAGACAGAUAACCUUCUUCUUCAUUCUGAGUUUGAGGAAGCCUGUCCACAUUUAGAACGGACAUACAUUCUGCUACAAGGCCUUCACUGGGACACUGGACUUGUUCUGAGGAUCUUAUGCCAGUGGAUUGUAAGUCUUCAUUAUGUCAGUGAGUAUGAAAGAUCCUGUCAGUUGGCUGAAAUUGCUAUGGCCAAAUUUAUGGCUCCAGGGAACAAGAAAGUAAAAAAAGAGCUUUUCUUGCCAUUUUUGAACUUUUGUAAUGCCCUGUGGAGAACGCUAGGAAAAGACCGUUCUCUCAUCAGAGCUGAAAUAGAACGGAUGCAGAGUCUUAGAAAAAAGGAAGAUGGCGUUCCUAAUCUACUCGACUUACUUCGAGAUGAAAUUGCACUGAGGACUCUUCAUUAAAAAAUAAUUACAUUUAGUAAAUGAUAUCCAUUACUGAUCAAACCAUUCUUUUCAGUGUAUCACAUAAUACAUUGUAAUAAUAUUGGCUAGAAAAGAUAAUGCAUUCUCAUUGAUAUAAUAUUUUUACUCCAGAAAGUUAUGUUACAAUGUUCCAAGGUAGUUUGGUUUUACACGCUUUUUACACUCAGUACAUCCUUGUAUUGAGCCUCUGAAAGCUUGAGCUUCAAAAUGAAAGUGUGCGGGGGAAUACGCACAUAUCAAAGCUUUUUAAUUACAUUAUUCAGGGAAAGAGUUUAAUUUCCAACCAUACCAACACAGGUGAAGUUUGAUAUAUACUACAGUGUAGUAUGAUAACUAAUACCUACUUUUUCAGUAAUUUUACACUACCCCUUACCACUUUAGAUAUUUAUUACAUGAAGAGGGUCAUUAAAUUACUCAUUGAAUGUUAUAGCAUAAGGGGGACCUGAUCAUUGAUAGAUUUUUUGUAGCUGUCAUCAGGGGAUAACAAUUCAGGAACUCAGAUAUUUCUUGAGAUAUACUUUUCCAAUAAUGCUUUCACAUCAUAUCACCCCAAAGUUAAUUGAAAGAGUCAUGUAACAGUACAGUACUACUUUAUAUAAAGCUGCAUAGGAAGAUGAGACAAAAUUUAGGCACGUAAAUGAUCAUUCAUAAACCUAGUCUUCCUUAGUUAGUCAGAAGCAGCAGCUUAGAUGUAGGUUACAUUUAGUACUUUGUUUAUUAUCAUGUAGAAUGUAGGACUUCAUUUUAAAUAUUCUUUAGCAAUGAAUCUCAUAGUGGAGGAAUUAGGUGAAUCUGUUAGACUUAAUUUGUAUUCUGUAUAGUAUAAUGUUUUACCAGCCAUACUCAGCAUAAAUGCAGCUUACAGUUAAGUGGAUGAAAUGUAAACUAUGAAUGUUGUUUAGAAGAUUUUAAAGAAUUACUAUACAUAGUUGUUAGAUAUAUUUUCAACAAACUAGAUAGACUGUAUCAUGUCAUAAAUAAUCCUGCCAAAGUUGUUGUUGACGUUAUGAAAGGCAAAGCUAUAUGAUUAAUAUGGUUAGAAAGCUUGUUAUUCUUUUGAAAGUGCUCUGUACUACAGAAUAAAUAGUAUACAGUACUGUUGACUGUAACAUUUAUGUUCUCAUACUGAGUAAUAUUCAUUCAUUUAUGUUCUCAUAUUGAGUAAUAUUUAUUAAGUAUGCAUACAUUCAAAUUACUCUGUAACACUCAACAAUUCUAUCUAGACAUGUGAAAUGAAAUCUAGAUUAGUUUUGUUUGUGCUGUGGCUGUUUACAUGCUGUGUUAAGAGUUUGUUGUUGUUGUUGGUGAUGUAAGUGGUAUAUCCCAUCAGAAAUUCAUGUUUGUAUGUGCUAGUAAUAUGUAAUGGUUUGAAAAUGAUCAUGUUUAACAGACUUGGGGUGUGGUGGAAACAGAGCAGUUUUGCCUCACAUGAACGAAAUGAACAUCCUUCCAUAGUAUUUAGGGCUAUGUGUAAAGAAAUUGAGUUCAACUAAUCACAUUUUGGCCGAUUGAUGAAUUACCACCUUGCCAAAUUUUAUAUGUAAAUUUGUAUAAAAAAAAUUUCAGUUUAUAAUGAAUGUUGAGUGUUUGAAAAAAAUAAUUUUUUUUGCAAAGAAAACUUUGCAAAAAAAGAAAAGUUUUUUAAAUACUCUACAUUCAUUAUAAACUGAAAAAAUGAAAGGGAAACUAAUUGUAUGUGUUUGUGGCUCUCAUGAUCCUGUAUGCCUCUAGUUCAACAGAGAAUUCAUGUUUAGAAACUUGUCAGAGGCAGUUGAAAGUAUAUUUAUAUUUUA